AUAUAUUUAUUUUCGUGCUACUUUAUUAUAAAAAAACUAUAAUACUUUACUGUGAUAUGUUUCUUUUUGAAGGAUGACAAAAUUAUUACAAAUUAUCAGAAAGAAAAACAAAAUAAAAAUAAAACCAUGGUGAAAGCGUCAUUAAAGGAAAACUUUAAAAUCGUCAAUAAAUCUAUUUCUUUGCCACAUUUAGAUUCAUAUUUAUCUAUCAGAAUUAAUUCUGAAAAAAGUAUUCAGUAUAAUGAUAGAUAUUAUCGAGGCUUGUCAUUGUUCGACCACAUAGAUUCGUUAUCAUGCAAAGCUACAUAUUUAUUACCAAAGUUAAGAUCAAUUUACUUUACCAAAAAAAAUGAUAAUGAUAAAAAAAAUAAACAUUUAAAUGCGGAAACGGAUAUUGUUACAAAUUUAGAAAAUAAAUAUACCCAAGUUGGUAAGUCAGUUAAAAUAACAAAAUAAAAUAAUAAUAAAAAUAAUAAAUGUAUAACUCAUAUAAAUAAUAAUUGAAUAUAUUAAUAAGCAUGUGUAGAAUAUGCUGAUAUGUCUGUGCAAGUGAUAUGGAAUGUUAAUGAGACAGAAACUCAGACUGAUUGUUUAACAGAGUAUACAACAUCUAGUGAAACUAAAAUAUCUUUGAACAGAGUAUGUGUAUUUGUAUCACACUUGUAUAUUUAUUUAUAAUAAUAAUAUAAUUUUAUUAUAUAGACUGAAUCACAAAUGUCUACAUAUAAAUAUGAUCAUAAAAAUAAUCAUGGAAUUAAGAAACGAAAAAUAAAUACUCCUAUGGAAAAAUAUAUUAAAAAAGAUUCUUCUAUUGAAUCUUAUCAUAGUGAAAGUGAAUCUGAAUCUACUAGUAUAACCGAAAGCGAAUUUGAUAUUGAAUUUUACGAAAAAUCUCAUAAAGAAAUUAUUAUACAAAAAGAUAGUGAAAUAAUUGCAUUAAAAAAUGAAUUUGGUGUAAGUUAACAUUACUAUCGUCUAUUUUGAACAUAUCAUUAAAUUGUACUUUAAAGCUUAUUCAUUGUUUAGGCAAAAGAAGCUGAAGUUGAAGAAUUAAAAGAAAUUAAUAAAAAUUUAGGAAUUAUGUUAAAGAAGAAGGAUGAGAACUUGAAUACUUUACGAGGAGGACUUAAAAUUUUACAGGAACGUUCUAUGAAGUUGAAUGAACAGAGAAAUAAUGAAAUAGAUGAAAUGAAAAAGAAAUUAUACACGAAUACGCGUAUAAUGGAACGAUUAAAAAUGGAGCUAAAUAAAAAGUAUGAUGUUUCUUUUUUACAAUCACAAGAAAUAGAGAAAUUACGAUUGCAUGUUAAGGACACUGCUACUGUACUUGCUGAAAGAGAUUCACUUAUGGAAAAAGUAAAAGAAAUGGAACAUCUUUCAAAAGAAGCAGAAAAUUGUCGACUUGCUCUUGAUCAAUUAAAAGAAGCUAUACGUGAAAAAGAUGAAUUACAAAAGCAAAAUCUUGAACAAAAAUGUAUACUUAGUGAUCAAGAGGAUGAAAUAAAACGUCUACUGAUAUUAAUACAGCAAACAUCGAGUACUCAUAACGAUCAGCAGAAUAGAAUGACCAAUAUAUUGGAAGAGUUACAAACCGAAAUAAUAGAAAAAGAUAAUACAAUUUCAAAAUAUGAAGAACAACUUCAUUGUAUGGAACAAGAAAUUAAUAAUUUCACAAUUAAGUUGAAAAGUAGUUUGAAUAAUUUAGAAGAAUUUAAAAUCGCGUAUGAAGAUAUUUGUAGUCGUGUAAAAUGUGAACACGAUACUUGCGAACGAACCAAGCGUACAUUAUACACUGUAAUGGAGGAAUUACAAAGAUCUAAACUGGAAUAUAAAGAACCUUUAGAACAAAUAGAAAAUGUUAAGAAAUACUCUAAAGAAUCUUUAUGUAGUUCUCACUUGAACUAUCAUUUUAUUUCAUCCAGUUCAAAUUCAGAAGUUGAUGAAUCAAAUAUAAUGAUGUUCAAAAAGAUACAAACAUCGCAAAAAGAUUUAUUUGAUAAUAUCCAACUUCAUCAUGCAGAAACUGAAACUAUUAAUAAUACAGUAAUGCAUGAAUACAUUGAUUUCGAAAAUCAUUCGAAUAAAGAUGCUUCUGAACCUGACUCAUGGAAUUCAGCAAAAACUGAAGUAUCAAUAUUAAGUACCAAUAAUAACGCAAAUAUUGAAAAUACGAUAGUUGAAGAAGUAUCAAGAUCGCUUAUAAAAAUGCAAUCUCUUAUGAAGCAAUUACAGAUAUAUGCUGAGGAUGAACGACCAUCUUUAAUUAAACAAAUUCAAAGCCUUUAUAAAUAUUUAAUGAACAAUAAAUCAGUAAUCGUGUGGUCACCAGAUAAGAACACUAAAAGGCAACAGAUUUAUGAAUUAUAUAAUAAAUACAAACAAAAUUAUGAAAAAUAUAAUCCGUGUAUAAUAUCUUCAUAUAAAGAGUUGCAAAAAGCUUUAAUUAAUGAGGAAUUGUUAAAUCUACAUGAUGAGUACAUUGAUAAAAUUUUUACAACUCAAUUUAAACGUUCCAUUACAAAAAUGAAUGAAUUAUCUACAGCUCUUCAAGGUGUUGGAGAUGAACAUACAAAAAUAGUGAAAGAAGUAGUAGAAAAACAACAAAAGAUUUUAGAAAAAGAUACUGAAAUUGCUCAAUUAAAAGAAAAGGUUCGAAUGGGUGAAGGUGAUUGUAUAAGACCAGAAAAAUCAGAAUGGGAUGUAAUUAAAGAAAAUUUCAGAGUCCUUGAUAUUGAACUUAAUGAAAAAAAUCAACUGAUAAAAGAAUUACAGGAUACGCUUACAUUAAAUAAUGUAAAAUUAUCGGCGUAUAUUACAGAAUGUGAUGACUUAAAAUUUAAGAACAAAAAUCUUAUUGAUAAUAAAAAUUCAUUACUGAAAGAAUGUAGUACAAGGAGUGACGAAUUGAAAGAAAAAUGUGAAGAAAUAAAUCAAUUAGUAAAGCAAUUACAAAAUUUAAAUGAAAGUAUAAUGAUUACAAAUAACAUGGAAAAAGAAAUUGAACAAUUAAAAAUAAAGUUGAAUUUAUUACAAGAAGAAAAUAUUAAACUGCGAAAGAAACUUACAGAUACAAAUGAAAUCAUUUGGAAGAAUAAUGAAUUAAUAAGAGACUUGAAAGAUAAACAAGAGGAUGAUCAACAUAAUUUUGCAUCUAAAGUUCUUAAUUACGACACACUGCUAGCAGAAAGACAAAAUAUAAUUAAUAAUUUAGAAAAUACAAACUUGUCCAUAAAUGAAAGAUUAAAAGAUGCAGAAAAGAAAAUUUUAUCAUUAAAUAAGACAAUUAUAGAAUUAAAUGAACGUAAUAACGAAAUGAAAAUGUUAGACGUUCUCCACGAUGAUGUUUCGAUAGUCGAAAAUAAUAUAACAAAAUUAGAAACCAAAUCUUCGAAAUAUAAAUUAGAACUAUUAAACUAUGAAAACAUUAAUAAAGAAAAUGAACUGAGAUUAGCUGCUUUUACAAAAGAAAAUCAAAUAAUACAAAAACAUAUUGAAAUUUUAAAAGAGAAAUUAUCAGUAAAUUUGACGGAAGAAAUUAUUACUGAUGACGAAUUGAAAUACAAAUUGCAGUAUCUUCCAAAUGAAUUAUACAACAAAAUUAUGAAUCUUAAAAACAAAGUAAAUAUAUAUGAUGAUGCACAGAUAAAAUAUAAUUUACAUCAAAAUGUGGAUAAAGAUUCUAAAGUUGAGAAAUAUAAAUCGAAACAAAAAGAAAAAGAUACCAUAGAGGAUCUCUGGAAAAUACAGAAUUUAAUUGAUGAAGUUGAAAAAAAGGACUUUGAAAUAGAAAAUUUUAAGAAUCGUGUAGACGAUUUAUCUCAAGAAAAUGAUGAUCUUUAUAAAAAACUGAAGUUUCACAAAGAAGAUUACGAAGAUAAAUUAACAAUAUUAAAAAAGAAAUAUGAUAGCAGUAUAAGUGCACUUCAUAAAAAACAUAAAGAAAAUAUAGAACAUUUAAAAAUGAAUUUUGAAGAAAUUAAUGGCGAAAAAAUUAUUUUUGAUUCUGAGAGUUGGUUACAAUCAUUAAGUAUUAAAGAAUUAACAAAUGUUCACAAUCGAAUAUACUCAUUGAUAAAUAAAUUAGACAUAAAUAAUGAUCACAUCAAUCAAAAAACAAUACUAAACGUUAUUGAUAAAGAAGACAUGUGCGAAACAUUAGAUAAAUUAACGAAUAUAUACGACAACGAUAAAAAAGAUCUAUCGAUGGAAACGCAACAUAAGCAGAUAGAACUACAAGAAAAAACACGAAUUCUAAACACGCAUAAUUUAAAGCUAAAACAACAUAAUUCUUCUAAGACAUUACUUAAUCUACAGAAACAUUCCUUACAUAAUAAGGAUAAAGAUGAAAUUAAAGAAAAAAAUAUCUUUCAUAAUAUUGCUUGGGAAAGAACUAUGUUCUUUGAUCCAAUUUCUCAUAAAAAGAAAUACAAAUAUAACUUAAAUCCAGGGUUGCAAGAUAACAAAAAAUAUGCAAAUAAAGAUAUAACAUCGAUAUCUGCUAAUAGAGCAACAAAAAAAAAUACUAUUGAUUGGCAAAGAAAGAACUUCAUUUAUCAAUGUAGUGUACAUCAUAAAAAAAGUAAUAUUUGUUGAGAAAAGUGUAAAGACCAUAUUCAAAGAAUAUAUGCAUUACUUCGAUUACUUCAACAAAAUAUAUAUAGGAGACCAUACUGAUUACUACAAUUUAAUUAUUGACAAAAGUAUAACAAGAGUGAAGUUGCAAAAAUUUUUUGAAAUGCAUUUAAUUCUUAUAAUUUUUUAGAAGAUAUUUUACUUGUUCUGUUAUUGUUUGUACGAGCGAGAUUAUAAUAAUUGCGAUUCCAUUGAAAAACAUCUUUUUUUAUGAUAAAGUAAUUAUUUAAUGAUUUUACUAAAUAUUU